GCGGGUCCGAAUUUAGACUUAGCCUGGCUGUUUCUCUAAUAAGUUGCAUAACAGCAGAGCAUCGAAUGCUAGACAGGAUUUCUUUUUGAGUAUAGGCUUUUAAAAAAAAUGUUUGGAAAGAGCACGCGCAUCGUGUGAAUGCGACUACUUGCGGGUCGCCUCUGCAAAAAAAAGGAAGCCGGGGGAGAGAAAGGGGUGAAAGACCAGAAAGGAGAAACCGGGCUUCUGUGACUUUCCUUGGAAAGAAGCUGAUGCGCGGAUUGGAGAGAAGGCGUGAGUUUCCGAGGUUGGGUCCACCACUUCCGUCUGCAACUUGGCAAGUGUAUAACAGCCGGACGUAAGAGAGGGAACUACAUAACGACCGUCGGGUCUGACGCGGAAGGAAUCCGCGUCUCAACAUGGCGAGCUGUUGCUCGGUAACGAAGUGCAAAAACCGCCGUUGGCGUGGCGCUCACGUCACCUUUCACAGGUUCCCUCUUACGAAGGAAGAGCAGCUAAAAAAAUGGCUCAAGAACAUUGGACGCCAGAACUUUACUCCUUCCUACAACGAUGUCGUGUGUUCGGAGCAUUUCAGAAAGACGGAUUUUUGGGGGAACGUGGCUUCUGGCCGAAGGGACCUAAAGCCUGGAGCAGUCCCGUCCGUGUUUAGGCUACCCGGCCGGCCGAAGAAGGGUGCUAGAAAGGGAAUUGCUAAAAAGAGGCGGGUGCUUAUCCGGCGCAAGUUACCGGAUCCCGAGCCAAGAAAUCCAUCAGAGAUCGGCGAAAGCGACGUAGAAGCAUCUUCCUCCAAGAGUGACAUCGUAAUAUUGGAGCAUUCCUACUCAGCUCCCGCAAGCCCAGCCUCUUCUGCCCUGGACCUUCGCGUGGUUUCUACACGGGACCAAGGUGCCGCCAACUUCAAAGCAAGAAAAAGCCCUCGUCUCCUCCAGCUUAGAAAUAGAAGAGAAUGGAGCGAAAGAAUGAAGCAAAAUAUCCCGGAGGAGGCCGUAGAUAACUCAGACGUACAGUGUCGGCUUUUCCGGGAGUUCUGCUACGAGGUGGGCAAAGGCCCCCGCGAAGUUUGCAGCCGGCUCUGGGACCUUUGCCACCGGUGGCUGAAGCCAGGAAGGCACACCAAGCUGCAGAUGCUGGAGCUGGUGAUCCUGGAGCAGUUCCUGGCCAUCCUACCACAGGAGAUGCAGGACUACGUCAAGGAAGUGGGUCCGAUAAACUGCGACGAAGCGGUGGCCUUGGCCGAGGAUUACCUAGAGCAUCAGCGGGAGGAAGAGGAGGUGCCAGCGAAUUUCUCAAAGGCAAAGAAGGUUCGUUCAGCCACGAAGAUAACCAAGAAGGAGGAAGAAAACGGCACCUCGCCAGAAGAUGACAUUGUGAAAAAGAACCAGGCAGAGAGCGUUGAAAAUGAAGGCCCUAUCUCAGAAGAUGGAGUACCCCAGAAGAUUUCCUCCGUUAUUGAGGUUGCUGAAACAAGUGAGGUCUUGGAGAGCAACGACGACGGGCCAUGGUCGGACGGAGGCGAGGGUGAAGAAGCCCAAGAGGAUUCUGGGAAUCAGGAGGGAAAAGAAGUGGCCAAGAAGAGGAGGAGGAAAAUGGCAGCAGGUGACCAAAUACAGGCCAAUGAUGGCGAUACCUGUCAGGUGGAAAGAUCAGAGCAAAUGGACAUUGCUGGAAUAUCAGUGGAAGAGGCCGAAGGGAAUAGUCCACAAGUUCUGAACCUGACUGUACACGAGAGUUCUCAGGUAGGGGAGAAGCCCUAUGGAUGCUCCAAGUGUGGGGAAAGCUUCAGUCAAAAAUCGCUCCUCCUUGAACACAGAAGAUCGCAUCCGGGAGACAACCGAUACGGAUGCUCCAUGUGCGAAAAAAGGUUCAAUAAGAAAGCCCGCCUACUUGCACACGAGAGAUCUCAUACGGGGGACAAACCUUACAAGUGCUCUGACUGUGGGAAAACCUUUAGUCAAGAAGCAUCCCUCCUUACCCACCAGAGGACCCACACUGGAGAGAAACCGUAUGAAUGCCUUGAGUGUGGGAAAACCUACCCAUGGAAAACAUCCCUGGCGGUGCAUCAGAAAAUCCACGCCGGCGAGACCUACUCGUGCCCCGUGUGUGAGAAAACCUUCAAUCAGAAAUCGUUACUUCGGAUACACAAGAGGAUCCACACAGCCGAGAAACUCUACAAAUGUGCAGAUUGCGACCAGAGCUUCACCCUUGAAAAGUACCUCAAUGCUCACAGGGUGAGAGCUCACACGAGAGAGAGGCCCCACGCCUGCGCGCACUGCAGCAAAACCUUCAUUUUUAAAUAUUCUCUCAUCGAGCACCAGAGGAUGCACACGGAUGAGAGGCCCUACGAAUGCUCCGACUGCGGCAAGCGCUACAAUGGGAAAGCUGCUCUCGUGGUCCACAAAAAUACCCACGCGGGAGAGAAACCGUACCUGUGCCCGGACUGCGGCAAGCGCUUCAAAACCAAAUGUGCCUUGACCGGACACGAGAAACGCCACCGAGGAGAGAAACCGCACAAGUGCUCGCACUGUGACAAAAGCUUCUACUGGAAACAUCGCCUGGUUUUACACGAGCGCAUCCACACCGGCGAGAGGCCGUACCAGUGCCCUGAGUGCGGGAAAAGCUUCAGGUACAGAAACAACCUGACCAAACACAAAAAGAAUACGCACGAGACAAUCCGUACGGGAGAGAGGACCUAUCAGUGCUCCAUCUGCGGCAAAAGCUUCCGCUGGAGAAGGAGUUUUAUUUUGCACGAAAGAGCCCACACGGGAGAAAAGCCCUAUAAAUGCCUAGAAUGUGGGAAAAGCUUCAUGAGCCGCGUGUCCCUUAUUGUUCACAAGAGAAUCCACACAGGAGAGAGGCCCUUUCAGUGUCAGGAAUGCGGGAAAAGGUUCAUUAAAAACCAGGCCCUCAGUAAACACAAGACCGUACACACAGGGGAGAGACGAUAUUUAUGUACCGUGUGUGGAAGGAGGUUUUCUAAUAAAGGUAACCUGAUUAGACACACAAAAAUCCACACAGGAGAGAAGCCGUACACUUGUGCCACGUGUGGGAAAAGUUUCAUUCAGAAAGUGUGUCUUAUUGAACACGAGCCAACCCAUAGCAAAGAGAAGCCAUUCAUCUGCCCUGAGUGUGGGAAAAAAUUCAAACGGAAACGAGGCUUCCUUUUGCACGUAAGGACACACAGAGGAGAGAAGUCACUGAACCCCUCCAAGAAAAGUGUUAACGGCAGCGAAGCCGUUACUACAGACGCAAAAAGCCUUGCGAAAGAGAAAUGCCACCCUUGCUCGGACUGCGGCAAAAGCUUCCAUUCGAAAUGUCACCUUAUUAUGCACCAGAGAACCCACACGGGGGAGAAGCCCUAUCAGUGCACAGAGUGUGGGAAAAGCUUCAGUCAACAGUCGUCCCUCAAUACGCACCAGAGAGUCCACACGGGAGAGAAGCCGUCCUUAUGUACCGAGUGCGGGAAAAGCUUCCAUAAUAAAAGCAACCUGGCGAGGCACCAGAGGAUACACACCGGGGAGAAACCGUUCACUUGCCCAGAGUGCGGGAAAAGCUUUAACCAGAAAGCCUCCCUGGAGGCCCAUAAGGCAACCCACAGCAAAGAGAACCCUUUCUCCUGCACGGAUUGUGGGAAAACCUUCAAGCUGAAAGUGUCCCUCCUUAUCCACCAGAGAACUCACACAGGAGAGAAACCGUACGAGUGCCCCCACUGUGGGAAAAGAUUUAUUAGACGUUCCCAGCUUCGAAGGCACGAAAGGACACACACAGGUUUCGCCGCUCUCGAAGCAAAUCAGAUAAUUUUGCCCAUUUCAGAAGUGGUUACGGAAUCGAUGGAACCUACAGAGCUUUCUGUGGAGACGAUAAGUACUGCUGUGAUAAACGUGGAUGGCGAUUUAUUUCUUGUGCAAACUACUGCAUAGGCCAGAUUAUUUGCAUCGAGGAGCAAAGCUUAGGUGCCAUGAUCAAGAUUGUCUGUCAAACCUGAAACAUUCAUCAGAAUAUUCAUCUUUAUUCAUCUUACGUGUGUUAUUUUUUGUUGCACCACUCUAUGGCAAAAGGCCCUCUAUGAGUGUUUUAUUGUUAACUACAUUUUUUAAAUUAUUUUGGUAAAAUGCAAUAAUAUCUUUAAAAAUCACAAUAUAUUGCAGUAUAGAACCGGCUGACCCAACGUGGUACGCUCCAGAACAUCUGAAAUGCAAACAGAUUUGGGGAGGCUGAUAAGAGAUAAAUACAGGCAAGAAUGUAAAAAAGAAGAAGAAAUAGUUCUUCAUUUUAAAUAUUUUUUAUAUGUAUAAUUUGGUAUCAAAGAGUUUUUGGUGGAUUAAUCUUGGCCAUCAGAGUCUCUCAGUCUUAACCUUCCUUGUAGUGAAAGUGGCUGUGAGGCUAAAAUAUUGAUUGGGGAGGGGGGGCAGUAUCCUGAGCACCUUAGAAAGGCAAUACAUUAAAUAUAAUAUAUACAUACGUGCCUCCGGAAUCCUGAAAGACAGCAGAAGGAUGCUGGAUGAACUUCCUUGUGUAAAAAGUUCCAGAACUGAGAUGCCACCACCAGGAAGGCUCCGCUGCAUUUCGUACGGCACGAGGGACUCGGAAAAAGAGCCUGUUCACCUGACUGUGCAGUUACACCAAGAUAAUUCUGAUUUAUCCCCCACCUUUAUAGUUUUAACUGGAAACCAACUAAUCCAUUUAUAUGAAGCUACUACCCAUUCUGCCACCUCUAAUUGUUUCUGGUUUGAAUGUAGCCUCAUAUGUAGUAGACAAUUUCCCAGCUUUGAAUUGACCAACAUUUACCAAAAAAAAGCCUCAUUUGUAAUCAUGUCCUUUUAAGCUGUACACCUACUCCAAAUGCUUCUAAUUAUUUUUGUAUAUUGGUAAGAGUUUAUUUUGGAUUGCUGAGUAAAUAAAUAUAUGUUACCUGCA